AUGGACCCUCUCACGGCUCUGGGUUUAGCCAGCAACCUCGUUCAAUUCGUCGACUUCUCUUUCAAGCUGUUCCAGGGAGCGAAGUCGAUAUACAAGUCAGCGACAGGAUCGAGUGAGGAAAGCGCAAGCGUACAUCUGAUUGUAGCAGAUGUUCGACGCCUGAGCAAGGGCAUCGAGGCUUCGGAGGGCCACCCGGAGCAGCUGCGCCGUCUGGCGAUUGAGAUCAAACGAUUGAGCGAGGAGCUCCUAGAUGCUCUGGAGGAGUUGACAAUCAAGGAGAAGAAGACGAAAUGGAAGAGCUUCCUUUUAGCGAUGAAGGAGGUGUGGAAUAAGGAGAAGAUAGCAGGGAUGUCCGAUAGACUCUCAAGGCUACAAACCCAGUUGAAUACGCACAUUCAGCUACAGAUCAGGGAUGAAGUUUCAAGGCUUUCCAAAGGCCUUGCAGACAUUGAGUUGAAUGACAGGAAAUUUGAACUGAGGAGGGACAUCGAAAUUUCCUCCAUGAAGGCUAAUCAAGCCAUAAUUCGAGAUGUGUGGAGCAAGGAGACUGUUGGACUCGCCGCCGCCUCAGGGUUUCAGUCUGAUACCCCAACAGCAGUCACGAGUGAAAACGGGGGGCAAGCGCAGCAUGCCCACUGGUUAUGUGGAAUACAAGAGCGGCUCGAGAAACUGAUGGGGAGCAUGAAGGAGAUGGAGAAGGACCAAGAGCUAUUGCUUAGUCUAUGGUUCGAAAGCAUUUCCAUCAGACACGAAACCCUGGCGCAGGCUCACCUGGAUACUUUCUCUUGGAUCUUCAGAGGAUCUACCCCAGAUCAUACCCAGCAAAUACGUUUUGUUGAGUGGCUCAGGGGUAGCCAUAGUAUCUACUGGAUUCAGGGCAAAGCAGGCUCUGGGAAAUCGACUCUAAUGAAAUUCCUUGCCCAACAUCCUGAGACUUUAAAGCAUCUAGGCUUCUGGGCUGGACACCAGGAGGUGAUAACGGCUCGCUUCUACUUUUGGAACUCGGGUUCUAGUCUUCAGAAGUCUCAGCUUGGCCUGCUCCGGUCUCUGCUUUUCGAAAUCCUGCGACAAUGUCCAAAACUCUUGGCACAGGUGCGGGAACAAAUCUCAUCCAGGAAGGAGGGCAGCUGGAUGUGGGGAGGCGACAAAACUGCCACUUGGCAAUAUGAGGAGCUCCUCCGAGUCUACCAGUUUGUCGUAGAGCAGAACGCAGACAGUAAAUUUUGUUUCUUCAUCGAUGGCUUGGACGAGUACAAGACAGAAAUGGACAAAGACCAUCGCCACUUGGUAAAAACAUUGAAGCUUUUGCCUUCUUCGCCUUCGAUUAAACUCUGCUUGUCAAGCCGGCCCUGGAUAGUCUUUUUAGAUGCAUUUGGCGCUUCCUCAGAAUGGAUGAUCAAGUUGGAAGACCUGACAAAUCAGGACAUAUACCGAUAUGUUGCAGACAAGCUCCAGGAACAUGACCAGUAUCAUAGGCUCGUGAAAGCAGACGAGAGCUACUCGAAGCUUGUCGAGGAGGUGGUGCGGAAGGCCCAGGGAGUUUUCCUCUGGGUAUUUCUUGUCGUUCGCGACCUGCUCGAGGGCCUCACGUACAAUGAUACAAUGAGAACAAUGUAUCUUCGACUAUCACAGUUUCCGGAAGACUUGGGAAGCUACUUCCAGCGCAUGAUCGACUCGAUCCCCAAAUUUUACCGCCGCGAGACUGCCCAGACUUUCCGCAUCGCGCUUGCCAAGGAGGAACCCUCGCUACUUGUUACGUACGCCUUCUUUGACGAUCUUACGGAAAAUCCAAUGCUGAGAUUGGAAGGCUCACGAGCAUGUGCGCCCGCUCCCUCAGAGUUAGCGGCUAUUAUCCAGGCCAAACACGACACCAUGCGGCGACGUCUCGAUGGCCGCUGCAAGGGCCUGAUCGAGAUUGUCACAUUUAGGAAUGUUGAUAACCCGAUCGAGCGUUUAAGAGUUGAUUUUCUCCACCGAACGGUCCGAGAUUAUCUUCAAGGAAGUCAGGAUAUACUCGACUUCAUAUAUGACGAGGGGGGUUCGGAUGCCUCACUUUGGACUAGUCUUUGCCGCGCAAUAUUUCUUACAAUGAGGGAACUGAGACAGUGCGGUGGCAGCCCUAAUGUCGACUUAUUCAGCUCUCUCUGGGAAGACUUGCUUACCUUCGUCUACAAGGCCAUACGAGAAUCUUCGAAUCCAACUAUUGCCAACUGUAUCUUGGACCAAGCACUGAAGCUCGGCGGCGGCAGGAUGCAUCAUACUCGACUUCUCGAGCGAGCUUGCGAAUACGGGUUACUCCAGUACGUGCAGCACAAUCUCUGCAGUCUUCCGCCAAUUGCGAAGACACAACUCGCCGAAGAGAUUUUUCUACACGCGCUAAUCCCGAACCCGAUUUCUGCAGAAUUUUCCCCAGACCUUGUUGCAUAUCUGCUAGCGCUCGGCGUUGACCCGAACAAGUCAACCGCAAGCAAGACAGAUCCUGAAUUAGUGAAGGCCAUCGCAACACCUAGCUCAACACGGCCACUAUCAGUAGUCUCAGAUGAGCCAUCACCCUCUUACGAUAUGGAGCCUGCGUCGAAACCAUUACCAUGCACUCUGAUAUCUAGCUUCAAGGAGAAGUUAAAUGAAGGACAACUAUCAUUCAGUCAGAAAGGACUCUCAGAGGUUGUGUGUCUCCUGAACGCAAAAGGGGCCGGUCUUACUCUACCCAUUAGCACGCCAACGCGGCCGCAAAUUCCUCGGAGCGGGACUUUCAGAGGUCUUCCAACAGGGUGUGAUUCUCGGAGAAGACCAACGGAGAUUAGUAAAUACUCCCGGCUUUGCUUCAGCCGGGAACGGGAGCGAAAGAUAACUUAUGAAGAAGAGGACGAGAAUGAGCACUACCCGUUUGAUACCAAGAGACCAAGACGAGAAGGUUUCUGA